AUGGUUCUAUGCCUAGGUAGAUUAACCACACAAGCACCGCAGUUUACCAAUAGCAAACCCUCCCAAAUCGGCGGGUAUGGGUCAUUCUACUACCACUACAAUGAACCGUCAGUUCCAUCUUGUCGCCUACUGUCUGAUCCCUCGGUUGCCACAAAUACUGCUGCUGCCCUCGUGCAUCCACCACCGUCUCCUCCUGACACCUUUGCCGACUACAAAUUCAGAAACCACACGUCGUGCCAAAUCAGCUCGCUGGAGCUUCACUCACCCUCGACGACGGCCUUGUGUCGAGAUCGCGACGAGUUCCUCCAAGCCUUUUCCGGCGGAGGAAGAAUCGGAUUCGAUAGCCCGUACAUCCCCCGGGGCUGUGACAUGCGCUGGUUUUCGACCGAAGAGGUUUGCCAGAUUCUGUCGCGUUACGAAAAGGUGGUCGUGGUUGGUGAUAGUAUGAUGAGACACGUCGUGGGUGCGAUGAACGUCCUACUUCGUCAGGACCUCGGGUAUGGAGCCGUGACAGAUUGGAAUUUCAACGAGGACGAAUUGAGAGACUGCUUCUGCAACCACCAAAUGGACGUCAAAUCGUGUUCGGUCCAGGGGAUCUUUUCCACCUCUUCCGUCCUCGAACACGACCCUUCGAGUCUGGCUUGUCCCACCACUCAACCCGUCGACCUGGUCAUUGAAAUGAUGCUCAAGUUUCCGUUGGACUCGGAAGAACUGGCUCGGUUCCGAAGUCUGUUGUCUCCCAAGAAACCACGUAAACCGUACGCCUUCAUCUUUGGGCACGGCCUCUGGAACGACCUCGACCUCCAGGCGAGUAUGCAAUGGCUGGACGGCAUUCUAGGAGAAACCGUCAAGCAAGCCCCUUAUUAUGUGGGCGGAACCAACAAGAAAGGAUCGCGUGGUGCACCAUUCUGGCCAAGACUGUUCGUCACGCCCAACGCCGCCGGCAUACAGAAACCCGACCAGUGGCUCGUGAGUCAGGGAAAUAAAGCCCUGAUGGUGUUUGAAGAGAGUGUCCGUGUCGAAGCUGGCAAACGAGGCGUCGAGACCAUGGGGACGUGGAACAUGAGUAUUCAAGCGUCGAAAUACGAUGGGGUACAUCUCGACCUGAAAGGGAAUCUGAUCAAGGCCAUGGGUGUCUUGAACUGGUUGGCCAUGCAAGAUGUUGACACUUGGUGA